AAUUCAGUAUUUGUUUCAAAAAAAAUUUUUUUUUUCUGCAAAAUCUUUUUCUUUUAUCUCCUUGCUUUUAAGGUAUCUUUUUAGGGCUACGUUUGCUUUCAUCCAUCAAAUUAAAUGCCUCACAAGCCAUUGGUAAUUCUACGUCCCUGCAAUACGUGAUAACGACAUGCUCCAAACUGUACAGCAAACAGCUCAAGUAUAGGAAGUCUAGAAGUUGUUUUGCAUAAUAUGGUUUGUGACUUCAGGCAGGAUCCGGAGGAUGCUGCGGUCAACUCUGGUCAUUGUAUGGAAGAUACUGUGACUCCACCAAUGCAAAUUGAUAGUGAUGGUGGUAACAGUCUCCUUAGAGUUAAACGCUCCCUGAGGAGGAGGAAUGGAGUUGAUUAUUGUGUGUUUGAGUAUAGCUCUGAGGAGGAAUUAGAUAAUGCAAAGCCAAUGAAGGCUCGCCAAUCAAAAUAUUCUCAACAAGUCAAUGAUAUUCGAGGAAGUACAGUUAGUUCUGACUCUCAGGAGGUAACGGCUAGGUGGUGUCCCAAAGAAUCUUGUAGGCCUAUUAUGGAUGAAGCUCCCGUGUUCUAUCCUAGUGAGGAGGAGUUUAGAGAUACACUUGGUUACAUUGCUAGUAUAAGCUCUAAAGCUGGAAAAUAUGGCAUUUGCCGCAUAGUUCCACCACCUUCUUGGAAGCCACCUUGCCCACUUAGAGAUAAGAAUAUUUGGGAGCAGUCGGAGUUUUCAACUAGGAUUCAACAAGUUGAUAAGCUUCAAAAUAGGGAACCAAUGAGGAAAAGAUAUAGGAAUCGUUACCAAAGGAAAAGGAAGAGAAGAAAGCGCUUAAGAUUUGGAAUGACCCGUAGACGUAACAACUGCACCAUUGCCGAAACCAAUGAUUACUCUUCAGACACAGAAGAAAAAUUUGGCUUUCAAUCUGGUUCGGAUUUUACACUUCAGACCUUCCAGGUGUAUGCUGAGGAUUUUAAGGAACAAUAUUUUGGUAUGAGAUAUGCAAAGGACAGUAAAUCAUGUGGUAAGGAUGAAACUGGUGAGAGAUGGCAACCUUCUGUGGAGGAAAUUGAGGGGGAAUAUUGGCGGAUUGUUGAGAGUCCUGAUGAUGAAGUUGAGGUACUAUAUGGUGCUGAUUUAGAAACUGGGAAGUUUGGCAGUGGGUUUCCAAAAGCAAACUCUGCAACGUCUAAGGACUUAGAUCCACAUGUCUACUCUGGAUGGAACUUAAACAAUUUUCCCAGGCUACCUGGGUCAGUUCUUUCUUUUGAAAGUGGGGAUAUUUCUGGGGUACUAGUGCCUUGGCUAUAUAUUGGGAUGUGCUUUUCAUCAUUUUGUUGGCAUGUUGAAGACCACCACCUGUAUUCACUGAACUACAUGCAUUGGGGUGAUCCAAAAAUUUGGUAUGGAGUUCCUGGAAAUGCUGCUGUGAAAUUGGAAGAGGCCAUGAGGAAGCAUUUACCAGAACUAUUUGAGGAACAACCUGAUUUGCUGCAUGAAUUGGUUACACAGUUGUCUCCUUCAGUUCUAAAGUCUGAGGGUGUUCCAGUUUACCGUGCUAUCCAGAAAGCAGGGGAGUUUGUCCUCACCUUCCCUAGGGCUUACCAUUCCGGCUUCAAUUGUGGAUUCAACUGUGCAGAAGCAGUGAAUGUUGCUCCCAUGGACUGGUUAUCUCAUGGUCAGUGUGCGGUUGAGCUUUAUAGCGAACAGCGCCGCAAGACAUCCAUUUCCCAUGACAAGUUAUUAAUGGGUGCUGCAAGAGAAGCUGUCAGAGCUCUCUGGGAGAUUUUUCUGUUAGGAUCUGACAAACCCAGUAACUUAAAAUGGCAGCGUGUUUGCGGAAAGGAAGGGACAUUGACGAAGGCUAUACUGGAAAGAAUAGAAAUGGAACAGGAACGAAGAGAUUCUCAUUGUGAUCCUACAAAAGCAAGGAAAAUGGAUAGUAUCUUUGAUUUGUCAAAGGAGAGAGAAUGUUUUUUCUGUUUUUAUGAUCUUCACCUAUCUGCUGCUGGCUGUGAAUGCUCAUUGGAUCGUUAUGCCUGCUUAAACCAUGCAGAGCUUCUUUGUUCUUGUGAACCCAACCAAAAAUUUUUCCUUUUUCGCUACACUAUGGAUCAGUUGAACACUCUAGUUCAAGCUUUAGAAGGGUAUGCAAGUGCAGUGCAAGAUUGGGGUUCAUAUGAUCUGGGAUUGGUUUCACCUAAUAUUGUAAUGAAUGAAGAUUCAGAAAGCUUAAAACUGAUAGGUGAAUCUGAUUCCGAGGUACCAUUGCAGAGAAGUACAUCCACUUCAAUGAAAGGAUUGGUAGAUAUCAACGUUGCUAGUGUUGAGAUCUUUAGUCUGAAGAGUGGAGGGCAUUCAUGUGGAGCUACUGAUCGUCCUAGUGAGAUCAAUAGUAUGGCAUGCUCACAACAUAUGGAAGCAGUUUUUGAUAUUAGUAGGCCGAGCUUGCCUACAAAUAACUGUGAUAUAGAAGCCAAUGCAAGUUUGCAGAAGCCAGAAACAUCUUGCACAACUCGUGUAAAAACAGAAUUGGAAAGUGAUAACUUGAAUAGAGGCACCUCCCAUAUUAAUCUUGACUUAGCAACUCCACAAUAUACUGAAAAUAUGCGCCACGGUAUUGCUUUCAAGGAAAAUAAAAUCUUUUCUGAUGAUGAUAAUGUAUGGGAAGAGGAGCCAAAGUGGUUUUUGGACCUCAGCAAGAAAAACUUAACCAAAGAUUAUAAGAAUGAAAUUCAAGACUGGCCUUAUAGAAAUGGCGAGAAAAUUAAAAGCAUUAAGGAGGAAUAUUGUACUUCGACUGCAGUAGAACAGGAUAUGGAGCAUGAUUCCAUAGCAACAUCCAGUACACCAUUGAGGUCAAGCCCUGGAGGUGGAUCUUCAGUUCCCCUUGGCAAUUCUUUUGAGUUUUUUCCUUCCUCUCCUUUUCAAAGCAAAUGGAGGCAUGAAGCUUCUCCUUCUAAAGGUAGUCAGUCUUCGGCAAAGUUGUUUGGCAUUGAACUUCAGCCACAUGAACCACAUCUUCUAUUAAAUUCAAAUUCUGAAGGCAACCGGCCUUUCAACAGCAGCUCAACCAAUUCCACUGGGUUGAGUUCAUCUAAUGCUGAAAGGGAGAAGCAUUUAACCAAAUCCAAGUACUUUGUUGAGGCACUUCAUCUUGGAACUGUAAUGUUUGGAAGACACUGGUGUAAUGCAAAAGCCAUCUUCCCAAAAGGAUUCCGAAGUCGUGUCAGGUACUUCAGUGUGCUUGAUCCAACAACAACUUGCAAUUACAUAUCCGAAGUACUAGAUGCUGGACUUAUAGGCCCUUUAUUUAAGGUUACCUUGGAAGAUAAUCCAGAAGAUACUUUUAUUCAUUCUUCUCCCUCGCAAUGCUGGGAUUUGAUUAGAGAGAGACUAAACCAAGAGAUCAUAAAGCAGUGCAGCUUAAUGAACCAAGAACUCCCUCCCCUUCAACCUCCUGGGAGCAUCGAUGGGCUCGAAAUGUUUGGUUUUCUGUCCCCAUCAAUAUAUCAGUUUAUUGAAUGCCUCGAUCCUCAUCGUCGCUGCUCGGAGUACUGGGCAUCCAAGUCGAGUUCAUCAACAAAAAUUGAAGCCAAUAUGAACUCUACCCUGAAAUCUAUGAAGAAAAAACCAACUGGAUUUGGAUUUGGAUCAACAAAUUACUCUUCGCAACCAAAUGCUUCAGCAGAAACACAAGGAAAGUUUUUUGGCAUUGACAUUUGCACAUUAGAACCCGUUGAUUCAAUUUCAGACGAUAAGAUCCAGCAUGUCCUGAGGUCAAUCUUUCGUAGAUUAAACCCAGAAGAACUUCAGGUGAUGCAAAUGGUUUUCAGAAGCGGUUCAGAAAGUGAUUCCUGGAGAGCAGCUUACAGAGCUCUUCUAUAUGAGAUUGAGAUGAAUGUAGAUAAUUAAUUGUUCUUCUUAGAAUAAAUUUCAUUUCCUAAAGGAUGAUUAGCUACAGAUGAGACAUCAUUGCCAACAGAGCCACCAUUCUUUCUUCAACAGCUAACAAAACUACAUAGUUUUCCUCAUACAAUCUCUUGAGGAUUGCAAUUCUGUUUGUUCUUUCUGUGCUACAAUGGAGUCUAAGGGAAGCCUGUGUUUGAAGAUGGUUCUUCCUACAUUUGAAUAUCUGUUAUAUUUUGUAAUUGAAUCUCUAGCAUUGGCUCUGUUGGAUAUUUUUGGAGCUUUAAUCAUGCCUCUUUGGCAAUGAGAUUAUUUAAUGUUUUAGUGUAGGUAAAAUACAUAAUUGUUUCCUUGGAGCUUCAUAAAUAUUUGAAUAUAAGAUUAUUUGAACAACUGAGUUGGUACAAA